AUGGGGAAUCUGAUUUCAGGAUUUCAAAAUGCCUUUUUAAAGUGGAGACAGAUCUCAGAUGCUGCACUUAUUGCAAAUGAAGCAUUAGAAUGGAGACUAAGAACUGGAGUACCCGGAUUGCUCUUCAAGCUUGAUAUAGAGAAGGCUUUCGACAAAAUUAACUGGCAAUAUAUCAUUUCAAUCCUAAGACAGAUGGGAUUUGGGGACAAAUGGAUCAAAUGGGUCAAAUUCUCAAUCUUUACUGUCAAGUACUCUAUCCUAGUGAAUAGAAGCCAUGUUGGCUUUUUCUCCCCUAAGAGAGGAAUAAGACAAGGGGUUCCUUUACCUCCUUUGCCUUUUAUCCUACCAAUGGAGGGUUUGAGCAAAAUGUUGGAGAAGGCCAAACAACUACAAUGA